GGACUCCUUGAGGGGGCCAAAGAUAAGAAAAGGUCAAGUGUAAUCACCUAGACUUUCCCCAGUAGGCCCCAGGGACAAUUCCUGCACUUAGCCAAGGAGAAAUCUAUUCACUUUGGGGUCCUGUCCUGUCACUGAUAAACUGCUUAGGAAAUUUGUAUCCAUGCUACAUUUGUGCCCCUAGCCUUUCUUCCCUAGGAAUUAGGGGUGGUCACCAUGGGAUCUGUGAAUUCCAGAGGUCACAGGGCAGAAGCUCAGGUAGUGAUGAUGGGUCUUGAUUCGGUAGGCAAGACCACAAUCCUGUACAAGUUAAAGGGCUACCAGGAGGUGGAGACCCUGCCCACUGUUGGUUUUAACGUGGAGCCUCUUGAAGCUCCUGGUUGCAAGUCACUUAUUCUCUGGGACGUUGGGGGCCAGAUCCAGCUCAGGGCCACUUGGAAGGACUACCUGGAAGGCACCGACAUCCUUGUGUAUGUGGUGGACAGCACAGAUGAAGCCCGCUUGCCUGAGGCAGUGGCUGAGCUCAAGAAAGUCCUACGUGACCCUAACAUGGUCAGAGUCCCUUUCCUGGUGCUGGCCAACAAGCAGGAGGCACCUGAUGCUCUUCCAUUGCUUGAAAUCAAAAACAGGCUGGGUCUGGAGGGUCUCCGACAUCACUGCUGGGAGCUCCGAGCCUGCAGCGCCCUCACAGGCCAGGGACUUCCAGAAGCCCUGCGCAGUCUGCGGAACUUACUGAAGUCCUCCUCAAAUUCCACAGCCACUUGUGUCUCCAGGUGAGCGCCCGCCUGUGGGACAGGGAGCAGAGCUAGCCGGAAAUCCUGAGCAAGACACAGCACCUUAUCCUUGCCCAGAGGAACGGGAAGGAACAGCUGAU